AUGACUGUGAGCGACUCCAAAGCGAGGGUGCAGCAGAUGGGCUGUCUGGGGUUUCUGGACCGAGGCCACAUUUCCCUGGUACUGCAGUUGCUGUUACUCAUUCUCUUCGCUGGACUCCUGGCUGCCAUCAUCAUCCAAGUUUCCAAGAUCCCCAGCUCAGAGGAAAUGCAAUUGGAAGAAACAAAGCAGGAGAAAAUGUACCGGGACCUGAGCCAGCUGAAGUCUGAAGUUGAUAGCCUCUGUCGCCACUGCCCUUGGGAUUGGACAUUCUUCAAUGGAAACUGUUACUUCUUCUCCAAGUCAAAACGGAACUGGCACGACUCCAUCACUGCCUGCCAGGAGGUGGGAGCCCAGUUGGUCAUCGUCAAAAGUCAUGAAGAGCAGAGCUUCCUGCAGCAGACUUCCAAGAAAAAUGGCUACACCUGGAUGGGGCUGUCAGACCUGAACAAGGAAGGUGCAUGGUAUUGGCUGGAUGACUCACCUCUGUCAGACAGACUUGGGAAGUAUUGGAAUAGAGGACAGCCCAACAACAUUGGGGGACAAGACUGUGUGGAAUUCAGAGAUGAAGGCUGGAAUGAUGCCAAAUGUGACGAGAUGAAAUUGUGGAUUUGCAAAAAAUCUGCAACUACCUGUUCCAGCAAGUGA